UCUGCUUGGGGCAGUGAUCAGCCAGUUGGUUCAAGCCGUGUCCUUUCGAGCCUCCUGUUGUUUGAAGCGCUUGGGGGUGAUUAUUCUUCUCGGGAGCUGAUCCGUCAUGGCCAGGCGCGUUGGAGGCCAUUCUGCCAUGUUCCAGGAAGACGGCCAAGUCCGCGUCAUCGAGGGCGUCAGGAAGGACGGCGACGACCAGGUCCUGGACGGCGAGUUUCACGAUGUUUCGCCCGACGUGAUCGUUGCCAAGUUCAAGAAGUUCAUCCGGGAGUUCGCGUACACCGAGGAUGGCACGGGGAAGCAGAAGCAGACGAUGAAGUACCGCGAGCAGUUCGAGUUGAAUUGCCGCAGCGGCUUCUACAAGCUGGUCGUGGACAUCGGCGACCUGAGCUCUCAUGAGGACGGCGAGGUGUUGGCGCACAAGCUGAACACCGCCCCGACCGAGUUCGUCCCGCUCUGCGAGAAGGCGCUGCAGGACCUCUACCUGGAGCUUGUGGAGAGGCAGCCAGCAGAUGGGGAGCUGCCCCACAGGGCGCCUGGGAUCCAGCUGCAGUUCACCUGCGACGCGGACUUGGAGGGCAACUUCGGCACCAUGAAGACCCAGAAGAUCCGCGACAUGAACUCGGACGAGGUGGAGAAGCUGGUGGUGCUGCAGGGCAUCGUCGUCAGGGUCAAGAAGGGCCGGCACAAGGCGCGCCGGGUGGUGUUGCGGUGCUCCGCCUGCGAGAACAUGAAGACCAUCGAUGUCAAGGCGGGCUUCUGCGCGGGCCACAUCCCGAGCUCGUGCGACGGGAACAACGCCCUCGCUGGCCAGCUCGAGAGGUGUCCCCCGAACCCGUUCGUCAUCGUGGCCGACCAGUGCGAGUACGUGGACGAGCAGGUGCUGGGCCUGCAGGAGCUGCCUGAGCACGUGCCCGUCGGGGACAUGCCCCGGAGCCUGGACGUGUACGUGGCGCAAUACCUCGUGGACGACUGCACGCCCGGGUCGCGGCUCACAGUGGUGGGCAUCUCGGUCGCGACCGAGUUCGAGGCGGGCGGGGGCAUGACAGGCUCGAGGAACAGGGGCACCAACACGGUCAAGUACUCCUACAUCCAGGCUCUCGGCGUGAAGGUGGCUCAGGGCAUUUCCUACGGGAUAGACAUAUCCCCGGAGGACGAAGAGAAGUUUUCGAAUCUCGCAAAGGACCCCGACAUCCGCGAGAAGAUCGUGAAGUCCAUCGCGCCCUCCAUCUGUGAGAGCUCGAAAGACGUCAUCGGCAACGUCAAGAGGGGGGUGGCCUGCAUGCUCUUUGGUGGCGCCCGCAAGCGGCUGCCCGACGGCACCCGCAUGAGGGGCGACAGCAACAUACUGCUGCUCGGGGACCCUGGCACCGCCAAGAGCCAGUUCCUCAAGUUCGCGGAGAAGGUCGCGCCCGUGGCCGUGUACACGAGCGGCAAGGGCUCCAGCGCCGCGGGCCUCACGGCCAGCAUCGUGUCCUCGCCGGGAGGCGGCUUCAGCCUGGAGGGCGGCGCCAUGGUGCUGGCGGACGGCGGCAUCGUGUGCAUCGACGAGUUCGACAAGAUGGACGAGAAGGACCGGGUGGCGAUCCACGAGGCGAUGGAGCAGCAGACCAUCUCGAUCGCGAAGGCGGGGAUAACCACGAUGUUGAACACCCAGUGCAGCGUGCUCGCCGCAGCCAACCCGCGCUUCGGCACAUACGACGACCUCCAGAGCACCGCGGACCAGAUGGACUUCGAGACUACCAUCCUCUCCCGCUUCGACAUGAUCUUCCUCGUCAGGGACGUGCGCGACCCGGACCGCGACUUCGAGCUGGCGAGGCACAUGACCAGCUUGCACAUGGGCGAGGUCCAGGAGGAGCGCGAGGGGCCGCUGUCGGUGCCGGAGCUCCGGAAGUACCUCUCCUUCUGCAGGGGCCGCUGCAACCCCAGGCUCGGCCCCGACUCCGCGGAGAUGCUGAAGAAUUUCUACAUCGACACCAGGGCCCGCAUGAGGAGCGACCUGUCCGGGAAGAGCCCGAUCCCGAUCACGGUCAGGCAGCUCGAGGCCAUCAUCCGCAUGUCGGAGGCCUUCGCCAAGAUGGAGAUGCGCGAUGACGUGUCGGAGGCCCACGUGAAGGAGGCGCUGGAGCUGUUCACCAUGUCCACCCUCGACUCCGCCAACAAGGACCGCGGCGCGGGCUCGGAGCAGAUCUCGCCCGAGGAGCGCGACGAGCUGCAGAAGGCCGAAGAGCAGAUCCGCAAGCUGGUGCCGCGGGGCGGCCGCAAGAGCAAGUCCCAGCUGGAGAGCCUGCUGGUGAGCGCCGGCGGCGUGGACGAGAGGACGGCCAGGAGGGCCAUCAACAUGAUGCUGCUGUCCGGGGACCUCAAGGAGCGGGCCAACAGCACCCUGCAGCGCGAGAGGUGACGAGAGAGCGGGCAGCCUCUGCCCCGGGGCGAGCCCCCGUGGCUGCGGGGACCUUGGUCGCCUGUGGCCGGCGUGCAGGUGGUCCCCUCCUUUUCCCCCUUUCCUCCGCCUCUCUCCGCCUCUCUCCGUUCCUCCUCCUCCUCCUCCUUCACCUCCUCCCUGCUCCUCCUCUUUCUCCUCCUCCUUCUCCUCCUGCUCCUCCUCCGCCUGCAUCCGAGAUGCGGCUCGAUGUGGAGCCUCAUCUUCUCCACGCCGACGGCGCCGAUGUAUAUUUUGCUCGCGCUAUGCAUCGCUGAUGCAGUGGCGCGGCUGGACGAUCCUCCGACCCCAUCUACUCGGACACCAUCUACUCGGACUCCUGCUGUUCUGGUCGUGGCUUAAUGCGAUCAAGCGAUUAAGUAAUGCCCAUGGGGGGGCGCAGGGACCCAGUGGGAAGGGGACGAAUUAAAAGGAUAUCCGUAAUGGCUUCGCCCCCUCC